UGGCUGCCAGGCGCAUCCCUAACCACGCGCCCGAGGAGGCAGUCAGGUGCGAGGAGACCAGGGACUUCGCCGAGGCCAGCACGGCUGCAGGGGGCUCCCCAGGCGCGGCAGCGGCCGCUGGGCUGGCGGUGGUGGCAGCUGCUGCGGCUUCCAGCGCUGGAGGGCCUCCCCGCAGCUCGGGCGGCCCGCCCUCGUGCAAGCGCCCCGCUGCCUCCUCGCAGGUGGCGCUCGACGAGAUGGGCGUGGUGCACGGCUCGGGAGCGCCAGUCGCAGCUGCUGGGGGCACGAGGCGAGUGGCGUGCAGUAUCCAGGCGGCCCCCGCUGGUGGGCACCACCUGAUGCAGGGUCGGGUGCUGCACGACGACUCCGAGGAGUUCCUGGUGUGCACGACCUGCUACAUGUACGCGCGGACCUCGAAGAUGGUCUGGAAGGGGCUCCGCGGAGAGUGUGAGGGGGCCGCGGCGAGGGCUCGGAAGGGCUCCCGGGCCCAGGCUCGCAACGACUUCGAGCAGGGCGCGCUGCCUGGCCCUGGCGCCAAGCAGGUCUUCGGCGCGCUGACGGCUCCCACGGCCGUGGUGAAGGCGCGUUGGAGCGAGAAACUCGGUGUCGCGGCGGAGGCUGGAGGAGGGGCGAGUGCGGCGGCCCCCACAGCAGCCGCCAGCCUGGCGGGGGCCGCACAGCCCGCCAGGAGCAGGAGGACCGCCGCCUCGGUCGUGACCGCGGGUGCCAGCGCGCCUGCGGGUGCCCGCAUCCCGCCGCCCGUCGCCGCGGUCGUGGGGGUGCGGGCCAGGGGCCGGGCGGGGCAUGAGGCGAGCGCGGCCGCAGCGGGCGCGCGUGCAGCGGCGGCCCUUUAGGGCGGCCAGCGCGAGACACGCAGAAUUGCGUGAGUUCUCCC